CAGCCAUAUAAGCGAUACUUUCUAGGUUACCAAAGCACCCCAGCAGCUUCAUUUCCUUUAGUUUGAAUUGAGUAAAGUGGAACACCCACCUAAAUGGCCUUUCGCGCCUUCCUUCUUGUGGCAGCCCUCUUGUCUUUAUUGACAUGCUUUCAUGCCACCGCCUCUGAUCCAAGCCUUCUCCAGGACUUCUGCGUCGUCGAUAAGAUGUCUAAAGUGCGUGUCAAUGGGCUCCCAUGCAAGGAUGCAAAGGAUGUUGUGGCUGCAGAUUUCUUCUUCUCAGGCCUUCACUUGGCUGGCAACACAACUAACAAGCAAGGCUCCGCUGUCACUCCGGUCAACGUUGCUCAGAUUGCCGGGUUGAACACCAUGGGCAUCUCUCUUGCUCGCAUCGACUACGCACCAUAUGGUCUGAAUCCACCUCACACACAUCCACGUGGAACUGAGAUCCUAACCGUGCUCGAGGGCUCCCUCUACAUAGGCUUUGUCACAUCGAACCCGGGCAACAAACUGUUCACAAAGGUUCUUAACAAAGGAGAUGUAUUUGUGUUCCCUCAAGGGUUGAUCCAUUUCCAAUUCAACUAUGGAACCAAAAAUGCAGUGGCACUUGCAGCAUUGAGCAGCCAAAACCCAGGGGUGAUAACCGUGGCAAAUGCUGUAUUCGGGUCAAAGCCAUCCAUCACAGAUGAUAUCCUUGCCAAGGCAUUCCAAGUCAACAAGAUGAUUGUGGACCGCAUCCAAGCUCAGUUCUAGGGAACAUGCAAUCAUAUUUGUUAAUUAACUAAGAGUUAUGAUUCUUUUAUUCUUCUUUUAUGUUAUGAUCAUUAUUUGAAUUAAUGCGUGUUGCGUAUUAUUGUCAAUUCUGUAUUUUUGGAAGAAAUUAAAUAUCUUGAUUCACAGAAAUUCCAGGAAUCUUCUCUCUUGUUUCGACAUGAUCAUUAUCAGUCA